AUGGACACGCAAGCAGAGUCAUCUGACGAUCACUCACGAGCUUCAGGCGCGCAUUCGCCAUCUUCCUGUACGUCUGUUUGUCAUGAUCUAUCCACACUUCAAGAACCUCGUCUAAUGGUAGUCCGCGCUGUAACUAAGAAUUUUAAGACUCAGACGAGCGAGCUGGUUACAGUUUUCUUGGAUAGCGGUUCGCAGUACAGCUUUAUUUGCACUACGUUGGCCAAACAUCUGGGCCUAACAUUCAGGAAUACCAGGACAGUGACGACCCUGACGUUUGGAGGACAUGAACUUACGGAAGAAUCGUCAGAGAUCACUCUCACGCCAUGGGACCAAUAUGAACAUCCGAUCCAACUUGUGCUAUGGACGCGCGAGAAGAUUACGACGGUCCUCCGGACUAACGAUCGCAUCGACAAUACCAUCGUCGAUCCUGCAGGCAGAGUGGAUGUCGACGUGCUUAUUGGCAUAGACAACUAUUGCCGUGUUGUUGAUUUGCACAGGAAUGAGAGGCUUCCAUCAGGACUGAUCCUGUCACACACGAGAUUUGGACCAGUUCUGUCCGGCAUACAACACCCAGUUGUCUCCAAUAGUCUCUCGACUGCUCACACAUCAUCGGACGAAGACGAGCCAGAGAACGAACGACUUGUACGUAGUCUCUUUGGACUCGGAAUGGAUGAAGGCGAAGAUGUGGACGAUGCCGAAGUCAUCAAGCAAUUUUACAACAAGGUCGCCAUUGUAGACGGCAGCAUCUACGAGAUGAGCGACUUUCACUCACAGGUUCCGCGCUACCUUGGAGUUACUUGUGACAAUGCUUACGAUUUGGUCCUCUGUUCGGACGCGUCUAAGAGAGUCUAUGCUACCGCUGUUUACAUCUUGACGCGUCACGCGAACGAUAGUCCAAGACCAACACUGCUCUUCGCAAAAGCGAAGUUAGCUCCUCCAGGCGCGAUCACCAUCCCGCGCAUGGAACUCUUAGCUUGUCACAUGGCAGCCAAGACCGCGAAGUUCCUUAGAAGCCAGUGUAAAGUCAGCUUUCAGUCAGUCAGAUUUCUUACCGACUCCCAGACAGUUUUGUAUUGGAUUCAGUCGCGCAAGCCGCUCAAGACCUACGUUGCAAGCCGCGUUAGAUACAUCCGUCGCGUGCUCGACGAGUUGAGAGCGGACAACAUCGCCACCGGAUUUUACUACCUGAACACGGAUAACAACCCGGCGGACUGUGCCACCCGUGGACUAACAGCCAUAGAGCUCCAAAACCAUAUAUGGUGGACAGGCCCAAGCUUCUUCGCGAUCCCUUCUUCACAGUGGCCCUGGAAGAGUCUUGAACCAUCAGUCAGUUCGCUACCAGGUGCAGAAGCAGAAGAGCUUAAGGCGGUCACAACCUCGACAAAUACCAUCUCCGAACCUUAUGUAUCCUUCGUGCCUUUUACGCGCACCAACUCGUACACUAAGCUGGUCCGCGUCACAGCAUACGUCCUUAAGUUUUUGGCUAGAGUGCGCCACCUAGUCGAAACGCGCUGUCAUCGCGAACAUCAGGACGUGCAAUCAAUUUUAGGCACGAUGGACAUAACACCCGUAGUAACACCGGACGACUUUACGACAGCUGAAUCGUUGCUCAUACGUGAGCACUACAGAGAAGGCCAGCAACAGCUGGACAGUCCGUAUAUAAAGAAGUUUCGCACGAUGUGCGACAAAGACGGUAUCAUCAGAGUGGAUAGGCGCAUGUCUAACGCGCAGAACGACAAUUCUACUAACCCCAUCCUCAUAUUGUCGGAUCAUCCUCUCUGUUAUAUGUUGAUCAUACCUCUCUUUCCGGUGAACUCAUCCGAUCCGGAUACGAACGUGGCCAUAAGACCUAUUGACUUGAUCACCACGGAUUUCCAAGUGGCACGGUUGACCGGCAGCAUGCCCCAGAAGAUCGCUAAUGCGACGAACGAGAGCUAUCGAGCACUCCGUACGCGCUACAAGUCUCAGCUUUGGCACAGUGAUUAUCUUGAUGCCUUAGCGCAGAGACAGAUCGUACGCUCGAACGGUCAGUCUAGCAGGAAACCACCCCGAGUAGGAGAAGUAGUGUUCAUCAGACAGGACGCGCAUCGAUCAACUUGGCCACUAGCACUCAUUCUGGAACUCAACGCUUCAUCUGAUGGCAACGUAAGAUCAGCCAAGAUCCGGACAGCCAAAAAGAAGAUACUGGAACGCUCAAUCAACCGUCUGGUACCUCUGGAGAUAGUGGCAGAUGACGAUCCCUGA